UAGAGUUGCCAAAUCUGUGGAAUCCCACUUUAUCAGGACCUGCGAGCCAGAAGCACUUGAGCGUUUUUUCUGCCAUGGCAACGGAUGGCGGUGACGCCGAGAGCAAGUCCGGCGGGGCUGGAAACUCUAGCACCGACGGAUCCUUUGAGAUUAAGAUAAAGACGCUGGACAACCGCACGUUCGACGUUACCGUGAAGCCCGAGAUGCUCGUGUCGGCACUCAAGGAGCGCGUGGCGCCGCUGCUGGGCGUGGCGGCGGGCAGCCAGCGGCUGGUGUGCCGCGGGAAGGUGCUCAAAGACGACCAGAGCGUCGCAUCCUACGGGCUGGAAGCAGGCCACGUGGUGCAUCUGGUGUCACGGCUGGGGCGGACAGAGGGCGCUGGUGGGGGAGGGGAGGGAGGUACAGGGCGCUCGAGGACAGGAGAGGGGGCGGGGGGAGGUGGACCAGGGGGAGGUUCCGCUCAAUCGCUUGGUCGCAUGCAGAUAGACGGCAUGCCCGGCACGGCCACGCUGCACAUGGGGUCGGUGAACAUCCAGACGGAUGGCUCGUCCAACAUGCCAGAUCUCAACCAGAUCGUGUCUGGCGUGCUGAGCUCCAUCGGGCUGAACCCCUUCGCAGGCAACGCCAGCACCACCAUCAACGUGUCCCACCCCACCGCCACAGCAGCAGGGGGGGGUGCUGCAGGCGGGGCAGGGGGGGGAAGGCCGGGAGGAGCAGCAGCAGGAGGGAGUGGAGGCGAGGGGGGUGGGGCAGGGUCAGCAGGGGGUGCGGCUGGGGGAGAAGGAGCGGGUAGGGGUGGAGGAGGAGGGGGAGGAGGGACAGGAGGAGGGAAUGGUGAGGGGAGGUCCCAGGGAGGGCCGGAGUUUCAGAUCCAUGUUGACACCGUGUUCCAAGGGCCCAUGCCCAUGGGCAUGGGCAUGCCCGGUAUGCCCAUGGGUGUGCCCAUGGGCAUGCCCAUGGGUAUGGGUAUGCCCAUGCAAAUGCCCAUGCCUAUGGGCAUCCCCAUGCCAAUGCCGAUGGGUGCUGGGAAUGCUGCUGCUGCCACUGGUGCUGCCACUGGUACUGCUGCUGGUGCUGCGGGGGUGCCUCGAGGGGGCAACCAGCAGCACACAAGCUGGCAUGUUGUCGUGCCGCCCCAUGCUCAGGCGGCAGGUCAUGACACAUUGGCGACAGUUGAUCUGUACCUCACACGCCUGCACAACUCCCUGCUCCCUGCGGGCUCCUCAGGCGACCCACAGGCGGAGACAGAGAAUGCUCGCCGCCAGUCCCUCGCCCCCCUGCCGCGACUAGCCGCCAACAUUCGCCGCCUCGAGAGCAUCCUCAGAGGGGCCGCCUCGUCGCAGCUGCUGAACCUGGCGUCGCGGCUGGAGGGAGCGGCGUCAGUGAGGGAUGCUGCAGAGUGGGCGGCGGUAAGGGAGGUGCUGGAGGGGGUGGGGCACACGCUGCAGCAGACGGGGCCGCUGAUGCUGGAGCUGGGGCGGCUGUGCCACUCCGUGCAGCUCGGAAGCACCGCGGGAGAGGCGAGUCUGCAGCCAUCCCACCCAGUCUUCAUCAACCAGUUCGGCCCCAACCCCGUGGUCACACAGAGGAUCGCUGGCCCUUCGGAGCAGCAAAGGCAGCGACAGCAGCAGCAGCAGCAAGUGGAGGACUACCACAUCAACCUGCAGCCAGGCUUCUUCGGGCCGCGGCCAGUAGCAGCCCGUCCGGGUCGAGGCUCUGCUGCCACUGCUGCCCGCACCACCCGGCGCACGGGCGCUACCAGGACAGGCACUACCUCUGCUGCCGCUGCUGCUGCCGGCACUGCCGCUGCUACUGGAGCUGCUGGUAGCACUGCUGCUGGCACUGCUGCCACAGGGUCCAGGGCAGGUGCAGCAGCGUGGCCAGGUGCUGGGAGUGGUGCUGCUAGUGCAGGGGCAGGUGGAGGAGGAGGAGGAGCAAGCAGAGAGGAGCCUCGUGGGCUGGGGUUGGGGCUGGGGAUGGGCUUGCGGGCUCCAGGUGGGGCGAGGGGGAGACAGGGGCAGGCGCAGGGGCAGGGAGAGGGUCAGAGAGAAGGGCAGAGGCAACAGCAGACACCACAGCAGCAGCAGCAGCAAGGGGCUGGGCAGCCUCAGCUACAGCCGGAGCAGGUGCAGCAGCUGCUACAGCUACAGCAGCUGCUGCAGCAGCAGAUGAGUCCGGCGCAGAUGCAGCAGGCGCAGCGCAUGCUGGCCCAGCUGCAGCCGCAGCUGCAGGCGCUGCAGGGUGCAGGGGGGAACAGGGGGGCUGGAGGGGGAGCCGGGACGGGAGCAGGGGCAGGGGGCGGAGGCGGAAGACCCUCACAGCAGGGGCAGCAGGGGCAGCAGCAGGGGCAUGUGCACGCGCACGUGCAAGGCACAGGGCAUGCGUCUGCAUCCCCGCAGGUGGUUCAGUUCCCCGCCAUGGUGUCCGUCAUGGCCGGCCCCGGCCCCGUGCCCACACUCGUCGUGCAGCCAGGGGGGAGGGGGGCUGGCAUGGCGCAUGGGAUGGGGGGCAUGGGCGGCAUGGGAGGCAUGGGAGGCAUGCCGUAUGGUAUGUGGGGCAUGGGGCAUGGCAUGGGGGGCGUUGCACAUGGCAUGGGGGGCAUGGCGCAUGGCAUGGGGGGGAUGUACCAGUACCCGCAUCCACACACGUGGGGGUACUGGCAGCAAGGGGAGGAGGAGGAGGAGGAGGAGGAUGAGGGCGAUGGGGAGGAGGAAGGGGAGCAGCAGGAUCCGGAGAGGCAGAGGGAGAUGGAGGAUGGGCGGGCGCAGCUGCUGGCGACCAUGUUCUCCGUGUUUGGAGACACCCUAGAGUCGAUGGUGCCAGAGGAGACGGAGCAGGAGGGGGGCGGGGGGCAGGGAGGCACAGAGGCGGCCCAGCAGCAGGCAGGCAGCAGGGGCGGGCAGGAAGGAGACACGCCCAGGGAUGGUGCGCAGGGACAAGGGGAGGGGGCGGCAGGUGGAGGGGUUUCAGGGGAAGGGGCAGCAGGGGAGGGGGCAGCAGGGGAGGGGGCAGCAGGGGAGGGGGCAGCAGGGGAGGGUGGGGAGGACGUGGGGCAGCGGCUGCUGCAGGCCAUGGGUCCGCUGCUGCAGCGGCUGUCGGCAGCCAUGCAGGGGGGGCAGCAGCAGGGGGGGCAGCAGGGGCCGCAGCAGGGGCAAGGGGCGGGAGGAGUGCAAGCAGAGCAGGGAGAGAGGCAGACAGGGGGACAGGGGGAGGGGGUUGCUCAGCGGCAGGAGGCGAAGGAGGGAGGCAAGGAGCAGGAGGGCGAGGCGAUGGAUUGCGACGGGAAGAAGGAAGAGGGCAGGGAUGCGGGAGAUGAGAGAGGGGAGCUGCCCGCUUGGAGCCCGCCUCCCCCACCGCCCUCAGCGCCGCCCCCUGCCUCCCCUCCUCCCUCCUACCCACCUGGAGCCCACCCACCUGGUGACGACAGGAAGGGCAGCAGUGCAGCAUCCCAGCAGUGCCCUUGGCGUGAUGACAGGGGGCCAUUGCCUGCCUACAGCCGCCCUCCGCCCCCUCCCAGCGCCCGCCCCUCGCCCUCCCCCCCUCCUCCUGGCGGGAAGGCAGCGUCCUCAGAUGCACAGGCUGCUGCAGCUCCCGACGCCGCCCCAUCGGCCGCUCCCCCCUCGGGCCCCUCAGCCCCUGUGGGUCUUGGGGGAGGGCUUGGCCUCGCGCCCAAGCCAAAGCGGACCACCAAGACCCCUCAACCAGGCACCAGCAACACCAGCAGCAGCAGCAGCAGCAGCAGCAGCAGCAGCACUGGCCCUUCACCAUCAGGCCUAGGCCUGGGGCUGCCAGGGCUGGGAGGCAAACCUAAACCUGCCCGGAGCAGCAAGGCUGCAGGGGGUGCUGGGGGGGAGGGCGUUACUGGGGCAGGCGGAGGGGGAGGGGGAGGCACGAGCUCAGCUGCAAUGGGGCUUGGACUGGGAAUGGGGUUACCAGGGAUGGGCGGAGGGGGAGGGGGAAGGAGGGGAGGGCAGGGGGGAGGGGCCAGCGGGAGGGGAGCAAGUGCUCCAGCACCAGAUUUCGAAGCCAUGUUUGGAGUACUGGGCUCCCUGGGAAGGGGCGGGGGAGGAAUGGGCGCAGUCGGAAUGGGAGGUGGAGGACUAGGUGCGAUGGGGGGGAUGGGGGCGCUGGGUGGGCUGUCAGGGAUGCAGGGGGGCGCGCCAGCAGGGCUCGGAGGGCUGGGCUUGGCGCCAGCAGCACGGGCAGCAGCAGCAGGGGGCCCUGGGGGCAAUCGUCCAGGCGCCAUGGGUGGGGGCAACCCCCUGGGCGCCAUGAUGCAGCAGGCGCUGGCAGACCCGGCUCUCUCGCAGCUCAUGCAGGGCUUUGCUGCUGGCGGCACCGGGCCCCCUGGCGGGCCGCUCGGGGCAGGGGCGAGGGGAGGAGGCACAGGGAGGGGUGGGGGGAGCGGUGUAGGUGGGGGGCUGGACUUGGGCGCGCUGCUGGGAGGGCUGGGCGGUAUGGGUGGGCCGGGUGGUGGGGGGAGAGCGGGAGGGCAGGGAGGGGGGAUGGGUGCUGGCGGACUUGACUUGGGGGCUCUGUUAGGAGGGCUGGGCGUGCCAGGAGGGGGAAUGAUGGGUGGAGGCAUGGGUGGCAUGGGUGGCAUGGGUGGCAUGGGUGGCAUGGGUGGAGGCAUGAGUGGUGUCAUGGGUGGGGAGGAGGGGGAUGAUGUGGAUUUCGGGCAGCUCAUGGCUGACGUCAUGCCAAUGGUGUCGCAGAUGCUGGGCGGCAUGGGAUUGGGUGGGGGCAUGGGCAUGGCCGGGGCUGAAGCUGGGCGGAGAAGCACGGGGGGUAGCAGGAGGGUGGAGGAGGUUGAGGGGGAGGAUGAUUGGAAAGAUGCUCUCAGUGAGGAGGAGGCAGCAGAGUGGGCGGCAAUCAUUCAGGAGGACGAGAAGCGCCAGAGAGACAUGCCACGCCAGCGCGCCUUCAGCGAUGCCUACUGGCGCGGGCAGAGGGGCAAGCGACCUCAUACCCGCACCGACACGGCAGCACAGCUGCUGCAGGCAGGGGCCCCUCCCUCUGCCGUGCUUGCUGUGGCCGCUAAAGCUGCUGUCGCUACUGCUGCUGGUGGAGGGGAGGAGGGGCGGGCAGGGGUUAGCAUGAGGGGAGCAGCGGAGCGGAGGGAGAGGCAGGAGCGCAUGCGAGUGGCUGCGGAAGCUGUAGCGGCAGACGAGACGAUUGCUGAGGCAUACACUGCCCUGCUGGUUGGGGAUCUACAGGCCCGCCUAUCCUCAGAUCCAGAUGCCAGGGCUCUUUCGAGCGGGCAAUCACUGCUGGGCCAGCAGGAGCACGAGGAGCAGCACCCCUCCCCUUCAACCUCCAUGUGAAGCUUCUGUGAUUAUUCCAAAAUUGAUUGGAGUAAAUCUGUUACUCCUGCUAUUUUUUGUAACAUUGUGUCUUUGUGGUUACAUCAAACCGAACGAACUGAAAGAUCUAUUCGAUGGGCACCAGUAGAUACCCAACGUGGUCAAACAUUGGGCUUUAACAGAUGACUAGGGAAAUUGCGUAUACCUUGCUACU